AUGACAUCAAAAACACAUAACGAUCCAUUCGGACGAGGUCAUACUGAUGUAUUCAAAAUCGAAGCUAUGGAUAUUGGUGAACCAACAAAGAUUAAAAUUGGUCAUGAUGAUGCAGGUUUCCGAUCAGAUUGGUUAUUAGAACGAGUUAAAAUCGAUGUACCUAAAUUUGGUCGUACAUGGGUAUUUCCAUGUGGAAAAUGGUUAAGUAAAUCGAAAGUUGAUUGUCAAUUAGAAGUUGAACUUUAUCCACAAAAGAAGGCAACUGAAGUUUAUACACCAUAUGUUCCAUAUGAAAUAAAAGUUUUUACAUCAAAAGUUUCUGGUGCUGGAACAGAUGCUAAUAUUCAUAUUGAAAUAUAUGGUGUUGAAAAAACAACUGGUCAAAUUAUGUUAUGUGGUAAAACAGAUCGGAAAGGCAAAUUUCAAACAGGUUCAGUUGAUACAUUCGUACAUGAACUUGAAGAUGUUGGCAAAGAUAUUGAAAAAAUUCGUAUUGGACAUGAUAAUCGUGGUUUUGGUGCAGCAUGGCAUUUGGAUCAUGUUGAAAUUCGUCGAUUAGAUAAAAAUCAAAAAGUUGAAACAUUCAUAUUUCCAUGUCGUCGUUGGCUUGCUAAAAAUGAAGAUGAUGGAAGUAUUGUACGUGAACUUGUUCCAGAAAAAGUUAUUGUAGAAAAACUUGAUAAAAGUGGACACUUACAAGUUCGAGAAAGAAUAAUUCAAGAUCACCUUGAAAUGAAACAAUAUAUAGUUGAUGUUUAUACAGGAGAUAAGUUUGGUUGUGGAACAGGUGCAAAUGUUUAUUGUACAAUCUAUGGUGAUAAAGGUGAUACGGGUGAACGUGAAUUAGCACAUUCUGAAACACAUAAAGAUAAAUUUGAAAGAGAACAUUUGGAUAGAUUUAAACUUGAAUGUGCAGAUUUAGGAAAUAUUUAUAAACUUAAAAUACGACAUGAUAAUGGUGGAUUAUCACCUGAUUGGCUUUUAUCUAAAGUUGAAGUUAGAGAUGAUAUAAGAACAUAUGUAUUUUAUUGUGAACAAUGGUUAGCUAAAAGAAAAGAUUCAAAACUUGAACGAACACUUUAUGAAAAAGAUUAUCAAGGUUCAAUGAGUAAUCUAGGAUCUAUACCUCGUUCUGUAACUGGUUCCAGAGCAAGUUUAGCAUUAAAUGAAAGUGAUAGUAAAAAUGAGCCAUUUCGACGUGCUCGACGUAAGAAUAUCAUUUCAAGUAUAGCUGAAGAAACUCGAGAUACAACUGAAGAACGUAUUCCUAAUACAGUUAAAGUUAAAACUGGAGAAAAAUCAGAUGCUGGUACAUCAGCAAAUGUAUUUAUACGUUUAAUUGGUCGUAAAGGUCGACAAACAGGUCUAAUACCAUUAGAAUUAAUGCAACGACGAUAUUUUGAACCUGGAAAAGUUGAAACAUUUUCUUUACAAGAACCUGAUAUUGGUGAUUUAGAAAUUGUUGAAAUUGAACAUGAUGGUGAAACAUUAGCUGAUAGUUGGUUUCUUGAUGAUAUUACUAUUGAAAUGCCAACAAAAGGACGAGCAUUUUAUUUUGCUUGUAAUGAAUGGCUAUCAAAACAUAAAGGUGAUGGACGAACGAAACGUAUACUUAAAGUACAAGAUUCUAAUCAAUCAUCAUUUGAACCUUUAAUUCAAUAUAAAAUAACUAUUUAUACAGGAGAUAUUGAACAUGCUGGUUGUGAUUGUGAUGCUAGUUUGAAAUUAUUUGGUGCAACACGUUCAUCAUCUGAACAUGUUAUUAAAAAAGAAGAAGGAAAUUUUGAACGAGGAGCUAUUAAUCCAUUUAGAUUUGAAUUAGAUGAUGUUGGUAAAUUAAUUAAAUUACGUGUAACAAUAAUACCAAAACAUAAAAAAGGUCGAAAUCGAUGGUAUUUAGAAAAAAUUGAACUUAUUAAAUGUACAAAACAAAAUGAACGACAAGAAACAUAUUUCUUUGGUCUUAAUGAUUGGAUAUCAUCUGAAACAGAUUAUCAUCGUGAUAUACCAUUAACUAAAGAUGGAAAAGCUUUAUUAAAUAAUACAAAUUAUCGUGUAACAACUAAAACUAGUAAUAUAGAUGAUGCAGGUUGUGAUUCAAAUCGUGUACAGGAUUUACUGCCGCGGGAUUUACUGCCGUAA